UCUUCCUUAACAUUUCCGUAUUUGGAAUCAUGGUGGCAUUCUGUGAAAUUAAUUCCAAAUGGAUCCCCCUUUCGGUAAUUUCACAUCGAACAAUAAUUCGUACUUUCUCCCCGGAUUACUGCUCCGACCACAGAUUUCCGCUUCCCCUGUUUCCAUCAGUCACUGUCAGUUCCAUCAAGAUUCCUCCGGAUUACUGUUAUCGAAAUUCAAAUUGAACUCGUCCUUCAUUCGAUUAGCUGAGUGUUCUAUAUGUGAAUACUGAUUUUACAUUUCGAUGUUAAUCGAAUGAAAGUCUAGGGUUAGGGUUUUCAAAAUCAGCGAAUUUAGUCUUGCGAGUGAGCUUGUUUUCUGUUUAUAGAGGGGUUUUACUGCUUUUGGGUAUUGAAUUUCUUGUUUUCUUUACAUUCCGAGUCUUUCGUGGUUGAUCGAUUUGAAUUUUCUGAUCGGUUAGGUCAGAACCAAAUUCGGGAGUUCUCUUGCUGCAUCCUUUCGGAUUUCAGAGUCUGAAUGGCUUGCAAAAGGCCAUUUCAUGAUGUAGAGUCAUAUGAGAUUGGUCCCAAGCAUCCAAGACAGCAGGAAUCUCUGACUCAGUCAUCCCCUUUCCUGGAGACUUUUCUCCGCGAGAAUGGUUCUCAUAAAUUUAUUUCAGGUGAAACUGUCAACGACUUUAGCCAAUGUCAAGUUGGAAGACUGGCAGCAAAAGAGGCAGCUGGUGAAUCUUCAAACGGGACUGCUGAGACUGCAAAAAACACAUUUCAUGACUACUCAAGUGCAGUUAAUUCAGAAACAGAAUUUGGUGAAGCUGAGAGUAACUUUGGCAAAUGUCGAGUUGGAGGUCUGGGAGGGAAAGAGAUAAGUGAUGAAUAUUCCAAUGGGGCUGCUGCAGAGUAUGGUGAUUCAAGCCCGAAUACUGCAGGCACAGUUCAUGACUACUCAAAUGCAGUUAAUUCAGAAACCGACUUUGGUACCUUAAGCAAUGAUUCUAGUUGUGUGUGGGUUAACAGUGAUGCUUUUGAAGGAUAUGAAGAGGCCUACGAAUCAGUUCAUAAACCAGUUUUUCCACAUUUUUUUGAACUUGACCUACACGAGUUUUGUUCAACUCUUACUGAACAUCCUAUUUGGAAAACGGUUCCAGUUGGCCCUGAAUAUCAAGCUGAUAUCCCUGACUGGAAUCCACAGAGUCUCAGCAACUACUCCUCGGAACAGUUAGCUGGCGGUAUAUGUAUUGCCCCAAUUCCUGAUGUAGAGUCCUCCGUCUCCACAAGUUUUAUAGGUGUGGAAAAUGAAGGCGGCUGUUACUGCCUUGAUAAAGGUUCUAUUAGAUGUGUAAGGCAACAUGUUAAAGAAUCAAGGGCUAAACUGAUUGAAAAUAUUGGCUUGAAAAAAUUUGAGGAACUGGGAUUUUGUGACAUGGGAGAGGUGGUUGCAGAGAGGUGGAGCGACGAGGAGGAAAUUUUUUUUCAUGACAUAAUCUUCUCUAACAAAGCAUCAUUUGGAAAGAACUACUGGCAUUCACUAGCGAUUUCAUUCCCGUCUAGAUCCAAGAUGGAACUGGUCAGCUACUACUUCAAUGUUUUUAAACUGCGGCAACGUGCAGAGCAGAAUAGGCUUAUCCCAACAAAUAUCGACAGUGAUAAUGAUGAAUGGCAAGGUUUUGAAGCUCAACAUAGAGACGAAGAUAAUGGUUUUGCAGUUGAAUCUUUGGAUGGUCGAGAUGCUUUUGUUCAUGAUCAGGCAACUCAUGAGAAGGAUAUUCCUGGUGAUACUGAAAAUGGUGCUUAUCAAGACCAUCUCGACGGUAUUAACAGGGAAAAAUUGAAACCUAAGGAAGGGGAAGGGAACUUUAAUGAUGUUUCAGGGAUGCAAGUUGGAGAACCUAGGAAUAAUUGUGUGGCUGGUUCUGUCUUUCCACUUUUAACCAAGGCCACAAACAAUGCCAGCCCUCAAGAUAGGCGGGACGAAUCAUGUAAACCGUGUGAAUGUCAAGUCGGGUCCCCCACUGUUCGAGUUGAUGCAGAAACUGAUGCUCGUAAACUUAGCCCGGAGUGAUUUUCGUACAAAUAUGCAAUCCGAAACUGUUGAGCCGAUCCAUGCCUCAAGGCACUGGGGAUGAAUUCUGGAAUAAGCUGUUUAGCCUCUGAGCUUUUACAAUGAAGUUCAUGGCUAAUGAAAUCAGUACAAUGGCAAUCUCAUUGGGUUCUGAACUUGUGUCUUGCAAGAUGGCCACAAUCGGCAUGAAAAACUAAAGUGGUAGAUGCUAGAAAAGGGAACUUUGUCUUGCAGUUGCACAAUUUUCCUGCCCAGAUAGCUGAACACCUGAUGUGUAUGUCUUGUGAGAUGAAACUAAAUGAGCAACUUCUCCAGUCUUGUAAGCCUGUGUAAUUAGCCUUUAACUCUGAAAUUUUGUAUUUAAUGUUGAGCAUAAUGACACGUUAUAAGUCAUAUCAAA